GACCACCGAGCCGCCACGCUGUUUCAUAAAGUUUCAUAAAGAAUAUGACAUAUGGCCUCCUUUAUGCGCCUUUGCAGUGUGGACGUCAUACCAAACCAAACAGAAACAGCCCUUUAUCACACAAGAUAAGCCUUUGUUUCCUGCUGGUUGAUUUACCUCAACAGAUCCAGGAAGAAGGACUCUUGACUUCUUGCACACGCGGCUUGGUUAAAGGACUGAACAGCAGUGCUCCACCUACAUACAAUCAGAGACAGUUAAGCUAAUAAAAGUGAAAAAGUGAUAACUUCACUGAGUAAAAAUGCAACAAUUAAAAAAAGAGGAGAGGAUCAAAGACCGGCUCUAAUGGCUCCCAGAAACUAUUGACACCCACACACAACUUAAUAACUUGUCUCUGCUUUGCCGGGAUGAAGACAUGAAACGGGUCGAGGAGAACAUUCCCACAACUGUUGCUGACGUGUGAGUGAACCGCUCCAACAGUCACAUUACGUGACAUCAUUCUGUGGCCCUGAAGUGAAGAAGUGAACGCGAGAAGAAGCCGAUUUCACUGAGACAGUCAACGAAUGCGUUCUCAGUGAUUUCGUUACCAGUUAUCUUCAGAUAUGUCCUGUGCCGUUCACUAAAUGUAGAAAAAGCAUACUUACAUGGAACUUGGAACGCUGGAAACAUGGAAGGUCAGAUGGACCUUCAUGGUACCGCGGAGCUUCAACCGGACUGCGCAGGAUUAAUAACCGCGGAGCGAGAUGAGGGACCAACGAACCUGGUCGCAGACCACGACCUGUGGGAGACCGUGGAGGUGAAAGACCUGGGAGAGCGUGACCUCUGCGGUCUCCUUGGCCGAGGGCGGCUUGGGCAACAAAAUGAGCAGUCUUGGAGAACCGUUCCACAAUGGCCUAAAGCCGUGUGCUGUUUUCUCGCUGACGGCGUCUGGACAGGCCAGGUGAUGAAUAGGCGGAGAUCCUCCGCCCGCACGCAGCAGCACGAGUCCAAUCGCUCCGUCCGGGGAGGAGGGAGGGGAGGGCUGACCACUUAAUCGGAGUGCUCGGAGUGAUAAACAUGGCCCCCGUCAUGGAGGGCACACACACCGUUGUGCUCCUGUAUGCACCCGUCACAGAGCGCAGCAACGUCAGCCGGUACUUCUCCAAGAGGCGGCCCCCGGGCUUCAAGUACGAGAGCCGCGCCCCUCACUCAGAAAUAGCCUGUAAUGACCAUGACCGGGCAAAGGAGAGUCUUGCGGUGUCCGAACAAAGGGGCCAGUCUCCUGGCUCCUCCGGCGAACUCCUUAUUGCCCGGCAGGCAACAAAGGACGCAGUUGCAGAGCUCUGCUGGCUCGCGGCGGAGCACCACCAGUUGCUGGCGGAUCUGUUGUCGCUGUGUAGGGAUUGCGCCGUCAAAGUGAGGAUGGGCAACCAGGACGGGAAACUCCAGGAUUACAUGGAGGGUACGGAAGUUCAACCCGGGGGUCAGAUUCAAGGCGGCGGCGACCGUGUUGUCACGGGGGUCCCGGACCCUAAGAGAGCUGCGUCAAAGAGCAAAAAGCCAAAGAAGUCGGGAGGCAAGAAGCUCGACGGCGUGCAGGACAUCCCACACAGUAAGAUGAGGGUAAAGAGGAAAGUUGCGCGCGGGACUCCGUGUGUUGAGCCGCCCGCUCGCAGCAGUGCGUCCGUGCAGCCGGUCUCCGUGAUGCAGCAGAUCCCGGGUACCUCAGCCUCGGGCCACGUCACCGACAGCCCGGUCACCGGCUCCUACGUCAGCGCAGUCAGUAAUCCCAUCCUGCCCAUGGAGGAACCCUUCCAGAUCCCUCGCGAGGGUUGGGACUUCCCAGAGGACAACCGGGCGCUCGACCCCGACGCCGAUUUCUGCGCCGACUUCUCGGAGUACGACGGCGAGCUGGGUUACGAGUCGUCCUUCUGCAACCUGAUGGAGGGUCUGACCAGGAGGGAAAGCGGGAACAACCUUCGCCCGGCCAAGAAGCCCGAUGCCACGGGUGGGGUCGUUUCCGAGAGUCGGGAAAUCAACCAGAUUAGUAAAGAGGUCAGGGUGGUGGCCAAAGUGCAGUAUGUGGAAGGUAGGGUGCAACAUGUGAACCUCGCGAGGCCCGACGGGACGGGGCCAGCCGUGCUGCAUCCAGGGACCGGCAGCUGUCAGCAGGGUUAUAGUGAGUGGCGAGGCCCAAACGUAGACCCCUCGCUAGCAGUCAAUGGGGAAAAGACGAGUAACCAGCUCUCCGUGGGGCUGCGCUUGCCGUUAUCGCAUACCUCCGAACCUCGGCCCCCAGGUAAAUCCCACGCCAAGAGCCCGUCUUCAACGUCUCUGGCCGGGGUCUUCAACACGUCUUUCCCUGCCUCCAACAGUCUCCACAGCAUGUCCCCGGUCCUGUCCCCUCUAUCCCCCAAGCAGGCGAGCCCACAGCUCAACCACCGCAUCGUCCUGCUCUCGGAUAACGGCGCGGACCCCGAACGAGACGGCUCCUGUAACGCGGACGAGGCCAAAGUCUUCUCCGACGUCGUCGACAGGAACGGCAACAAGCGGCCCGUCGUCCGUCUGGAGCUGAACCUCAGCAGGCGGCCGAGCUACUUCAAGGGGAACUCCUCCAGCAACUCCACCACAACAGAGGAUUCCCUCUUGCGUCAUGAUGACAUUUGGAUGCUGGAUGGCGAUGACCACCCGGAGCUCAUUUCCCGCGGGCCGCGCCCCGAUCACCUCGACUUCCUACGCAUCACGCCGCCGGAGGACGACAUCCUCGGCGACACGCCCUACUGUCCCAAGCUGGAGUGCACGACUGAGCUCACGUCCCCUACUGACAGUGAGGACCGCACCCCGGGGCGUCUUCAGGCUGUGUGGCCACCCCCCAAAACCAAAGAUGAGGAGGAGAAGGUGGGGCUCAAGUACACCGAGGCAGAGCACCAGGCUGCCCUCUUGCAGCUGAAGAGGGAGUGCAAGGACGAUCUGGAGAGGAUGCAUUCCGACUACGAGCUGCAAAUCUUCCAACUGCGGGGCGAGCACGCCGUCUCCACGUCCCACCUGGAAGAGGUCAUCGGCAAAAUGCGGAGCGACCAGGGCUGCAGUACCGGCCGGGAGCGGGGCGAGCUCCGUGAUGCCGCCGUGUCCACGGAGGACGACCUGGCGCCCCGGACCUUCCGGAACGUGAGCAUCCAGACGGACAGGGAGACCUUCGUGAAGAGCCCCGAGGGGCACGGUGGCGGGCCCGCCCAGAGCCCCAACCAGAACGUGCCGAAAAAACUCAACUUGGAAUCUAUCGGGCUAAAUCUAAAAGCUGCCCCGCCCCCGCCGCCGCCUCCUCCGCCCCCUCUCCCACCAGGGCUCUUAGGACCAGCCCCGCCUCCUCCUCCUCCUCCCCCUUUCCCGGGCACCACCGCACCACCACCACCUCCUCCUCCUCCUCCUCCCCCUUUGCCAGGCUUCGCUGGAGCGCCGCCUCCACCUCCCCCACCACCACCACCUCCAUUCCCCGGAGGUGGUCCGCCGCCCCCACCACCUCCCCCUCCCCCUCCUGGCCUACCUGGAGCUGGUCCCCCGCCACCUCCCCCUCCUCCAGGCGGAGGCCCGCCACCUCCACCCCCUAUGGGGGGCUUCAGUUUUGUUCAGAUGGUGGAGAAGGCCCCGCGUAAAGUUGCCAUUGAACCCGCGUGUCCCAUGAAGCCUCUGUACUGGACCAGGAUACAGAUCGAGGACAACAACAACAACACACUGUGGGGGUCUCUGGAGGAGCCGAACAUUGUCAACGCCAACGAGUUCGAGGACCUGUUUUCCAAAGCCACGCUGCAGACGAAGAAGAAGCCGCUGUCCGACACCUUUGAGAAGAAAGCCAAAACUAAGAAGAUAAUCAAGCUGCUGGAUUCCAAGCGUUCACAAGCAGUCGCCAUCCUCAUAUCGAGCCUGCAUCUGGAGAUGAAGGACAUUCAGCAAGCUGUUCUUACUGUGGACAACUCUGUGGUGGACUUGGAGACCAUUGAGGCUUUAUAUGAAAAUAGAGCCACGAGUGAAGAAAUGGUCAAGAUAACGAAACACUAUGAGAAUUCUAAGGAGGAGGAAGUCAAACUGCUGGACAAACCUGAGCAGUUCCUCUAUGAGCUCUCCCAGAUUCCCGACUUUGCGGGCCGAGCCCACUGCAUCAUCUUCCAGUCGGUGUUCCACGAUACCAUCUCCUCCAUCCGCCGUAAGGUGGAGAUCGUCUCCAAUGUCAGCAAAGAGCUGUUGGAUUCUAAUGCCUUGCGGGAUGUAAUGGGUCUUGUUCUGGCCUUCGGGAACUACAUGAACGGCGGGAACAGGACAAGAGGUCAGGCUGAUGGCUUCGGACUGGAAAUCCUCCCCAAACUAAAGGACGUCAAAAGCAGGGACAAUCGUAUCAACCUGGUGGAUUAUGUGGUUUUAUACUACCUGCGUAAUUUUGACACGCACGCCGGCACCGAAAAGAGUGUGUUCCCAAUGCCGGAGCCUCAGGAUUUCUUCCAGGCUGCUCAGGUGAAGUUUGAAGACCUCACCAAGGACUCCAGGAAGCUGAAGAAGGAUCUGACUGCUUGCGAGAAGACCAUGCAGAAGAUCUGUGCCAACCCGUCCGAGGAAUUCCUCCAGCCCUUCAAGGAGAAGAUGGAAGGAUUCAUCUCUGCCGCUCAAAAGGAGCAUUCGGCCGAAGAGGAUCGACUCAAUGCCGCACAGAGAAGUUUCCAGGACAUGGCGAGCUACUACGGGGUCAAGCCAAAGUCCGGGGAGAAGGACGUGUCCCCGGGUCUCGUUUUCAUGCUUUGGUACGAGUUUUGCAAUGACUUCAAGAACGCCUGGACACGACAGAGCAAGAACAUCUCCAAGGAGAGGUUGAAGGAGGCUCAAGAAAACAUCAAGAAGAUCACAGCCGAGAAGCGAGUCGAAACCAAGAAGAUCAACGCCAACAGCCUGAAAGAGAGGCUGCGGCAGAAGGAAGCAGGCGUGUCUUCUAGCUGAGUGAAGACACGAGUGACGGAGCGUCGCAGGUGAGAAGAUCUCCUGCCGUUGCCACCUGCCGGAGGAAAAAACAGCACUGACCCGCCCGUAUACGGACUCCCGGACCCCCCUCCCCCCUCCCCCACCCUCUCCAGAGAGGAGCUGGGCCUCCGCUGAGGAUGCAUGGUUGACACGGCCGAAGUGAUGGGAUUCUUAGAGGCCAAAGGUUGAUCUCUUUCAUCCGGCGGGGGCACGGCCUCCGAGUGCCCCGCUUGUGAAAGGUCUCCAGGGGUCAGCGGGAUUCGCCACAGACGACACAUCCAGGAGAGGAGGGGAGGGGAGGGGAGGGCGGCGUCCUUCUGGAUCUGCAAGAGCUGAGAAUCAAGUUCUUUCCCAACGGCAGAGUGACAAUCCUCCUCCAGCCGCCGCUGUUAUGUGGACAGAAGAGAAAGAAAUCCCCGUCCGCAGGACUAAUCUCUCUGGAAGCGCAAAAGAACAAAAUAAGAAGCAGUUGCUAGUGUGUGUGUGUGUGUGUGUUUUGUUUUUUUGUUUUUUUGCUGUGUAGCCAACAGCUUUUCAUUGGUCGCGGCUCAUCACGGGUCUUGUAAACGCGUCACGCUGUAGAACCGAGCGGCUCGGAGAAGUGUGAUGAACGAGCUGCGCCGCAGAUUGAGACCUGGAGUGCGUGAAGAGCUUGUUAGGUUUCACCGGGUUGUGUAGCGCUGGGUGACGGCCACAGAACAGCAGACACACACACACACACACAACUUCAAAUCAUCGUGUUGGCCGUGCACUCACCCCCCCCCCCCCCCUCCUAAAAUUCCAAAUGUUCCUUAAUUGUUAAUCCCCCAUCACAUCGUGUCCAGCACUCCUCAGAGCACUUUACUGCUUGCAGCAUCGGUACGUUGGUGCCGCGCUCCCACGUUAAGCCGCGUUAACCGCCUGCACGUGUUUUAGCCACAUCGCAUCCCGCUGCACCUCUUUUCUUAUGCAAGAGUAUAUGGCCAUUAGAAGCGUUCUGAAUCGCACUGCUUCAUGAUGACGUCCCACCCGAUUUUUGUUUUAUUUUUUUAAGUGAAGGAGAAAGUGAGUGUAUUAAAGUGUAUAUUUUAUUUUUGCAAAUGUAAGAUGUAACCACGCUCCUGUAUGAAUCAAGAAAAGUCUAUUUAUGUAAAGAACGAUUUAUUUUCUGCCAAAAAGCAUCAACUUUGCUCCUUUUUUUUUUAGGAUGCAUUUGUAUUUGAGUUGUGAGACUGAGAAGCCACCCGAUCGGUCAGUCAGAUAAAGGAUAUAUUUUCUCAUGGAUACAACGUGCUUUUAAGUUUUAGAGAGACACGGGUUGUAUUUUGGUUUUUAAGAAUAUUUAAUUAUAUCACCUGAAGCCAUGUGAGUUGUUAUACCUCGGAUAGACUUCCAUAUACAUAAAAACGGCACCUUGAAUGGCUUUGUUUUUCUUUUUUUUUCUUUUUUCUUUUUUUACCCUUUUGGGCAUUUAUUUUGUAAAACAAGAAUCUAGAUCUUUCAUCAACUGUUUUGCUUCAGAUGGUUUGAAAAGCAAAAUAGAGCCGAUACUGACAGAGGAAGUGCUGUAGCCUUUAUGUCGGUUCAUGUGACCUUCAGUAGCUCUCAAAUAGGUGAUUUGUCAUUUAACGGAAUUGUUUUAAAUUUCAAGAAUAAACUACUCGAUAUGGAACAAA